AUGGCGUUUGGCACAAUGACAUCUUUGCUUGGAAUGAUUCCCCUGUUAGCGAUCGGCAUGAACUACUAUCGCUAUCAAAGUAUCGAUCCGGAGAACAAAGUGCAGGAGCCGCAAAUGACGCGUCGCCAAUAUGACUUCAUAGUUGUUGGCGGCGGUUCGGCUGGCGCAGUCAUAGCCAAUCGCCUAUCGGAAGUACGUAACUGGACGGUACUAUUGUUGGAAGCUGGCGGUGAUGAGACCGAGAUAUCAGAUGUACCUGCGCUUGCCGGCUAUCUACAGCUCACCGAUUUGGACUGGAAGUACACGACAACACCUUCGCCUACGCGUCAAUACUGCCAAGCGAUGAAAGGCGACCGCUGCUUUUGGCCGCGUGGCAAAGUGCUUGGUGGUUCCAGUGUGCUUAACGCUAUGGUUUAUGUGCGCGGUUCCAGAAAUGACUACAAUCACUGGGAAGCACUCGGUAAUCCCGGUUGGGGCUAUGAAAAUGUGCUUAAAUACUUUCUAAAAUCCGAAGAUGUGCGCAAUCCCUAUCUAGCCAAAACCGCAUAUCACGAAACUGGCGGUUAUCUAACCGUGCAAGAGUCACCUUGGCGCACACCGCUCUCCAUCGCCUUUCUGCAAGCCGGCAUGGAAAUGGGUUAUGAGGUGCGAGAUAUAAAUGGAGAGCAGCAGACCGGUUUCAUGCUGACACAGAGCACCAUACGCAGAGGUUCGCGUUGCAGCACUGGCAAGGCCUUUAUAAGGCCCGUGCGUUUGCGUAAGAAUCUCGAUGUGCUGCUACACGCACACGCCACAAAAGUGCUCAUCGAUAAAAACAAGCGUGCCAUUGGUGUAGAGUUUUUAAAGAAAGGCCAAAAGAACGUAGUUUUUGUACGACGUGAGGUGAUAUUAUCCGCCGGCGCUUUGAACUCACCACAACUGCUGAUGUUAUCAGGCAUCGGACCGGCCGAUCAUCUGCAGGAACAUGGCAUAAAUGUAAUAUCCGAUUUACCUGUGGGUGAUAACUUGCAAGAUCAUGUCGGUUUGGGUGGCCUAACCUUUGUCGUAGAUGCGCCACUCACGGUCACACGUUCACGCUUUCAAACUAUACCAGUCGCUAUGGAGUACAUUUUGCGGGAGCGCGGUCCCAUGACAUUCUCCGGUGUGGAAGGUGUUGCCUUUCUCAAUUCAAAAUACCAAGAUCCGUCAGUUGACUGGCCAGACAUACAAUUUCAUUUUCUACCCAGCUCCAUAAAUUCAGACGGCGGUGAACAAAUACGUAAAAUUUUAAAUCUACGUGAUGGUUUCUAUAACACCGUCUACAAACCACUACACAGCUCUGAGACCUGGUCUAUCUUGCCGCUGCUACUGCGUCCAAAGAGCACCGGCUGGGUGCGCCUCAACUCACGCAACCCGCUGCAGCAGCCCAAACUGAUACCCAACUAUUUUGCUCACCAGGAAGACAUUGAUGUGCUUGUCGAAGGCAUUAAACUGGCCAUAAAUGUCUCGAACACACAAGCCUUUCAACGUUUCGGUUCACGACCACACAACAUACCAUUACCGGGCUGUCGCCACUAUGAGUUCAUGUCCGACGCCUACUGGGGCUGUGCCAUUAAACAGUUCACUUUCACCAUAUACCAUCCGGCGGGUACGUGUAAAAUGGGUCCCAGCUGGGAUGUCACCGCUGUCGUAGACCCACGCUUGCGUGUUUAUGGCGUGUCUGGUAUCCGUGUAGCGGACGCCAGCAUCAUGCCAACCAUCAUGAAUGGCAAUCCCAAUGCGCCGGUCAUUAUGAUUGGUGAAAAAGCGGCUGACCUCAUAAAGGAGGAUUGGGGUGUGCGGCCGACACGGCAGUAUGGCUAA